AUGCAUCGACACAGCGCUGCCGUUUCCUCUUCCUCGGACGAUGUUUCUUCCUCCGAUAAUGGUUCGUCGUUCCCGAAAGGCUCGUGCGUGGUGACAGAAUCGGACGCGUCGGAGAUUCACAUCGUACUCGUCGCCGCUCGAUACGCGCCGAAAGCGAGAGUCGUGCGAGUGUGUCCGACAUCCGGCGCGCUUUUGCGCGUGAAGAGACCCCGCGGUUGGGGAAACGACGAGGAGGAGGAAAGCGUGUUUUUUGCAUCCGAUUUGGACGCGUUGACGUACCUCAAAGAACUCGGGAAAGUAAAAAACGCGACGAGAGGGACGUGCGUUUUAGGCAUCGCGCGUUUAGGCGACCAAGUCGCCGCGCUGGUGGCGACGAAAGUGCAAAAAGCGAUGCGAUUACCUACCGGAGAGGACGUGUUUCGGAUUUGCGAGACGAAGUGGAUUAAAACGACUUCAAUUUCGAGUCCGGUGAGACUAUUGACGGAGCAAGAGAAGGAACACGCGAGAGCGUUGAUGGAUUUUCCAAUCGAUGGGUUACAUUUUUAUAGCGAGACGUUUGAUUUGAGGAAGAGUUUAGCGUUUCGAGAUUCGUCUCGUUCUUCGUCUUUGGCGUCGCCGCCGCCAAAGGAGGAGGAGGAGGAGGAAAGCGAGUGGGUGUGGAACGAGGCGAUUGCAAAACCGUUGAGAGAUGUGUUAGAGGACGAUGCGUCUCGAUACGUUCCAGUUAUGAUUCAAGGUUUAGCGGAGUGCAGAGAGAUUUUAGUGGACGCGACCGAUCCGAAGAAAGGAUCGUGGCACUUUGCGGUGUUUGGGAAACGGAGUCGAUUACACCCGGGGACGAGGUUUUUAGCGAGAGGAAUAAACGAGGACGGGAAUCCAGGGAACGAAGUUGAGAUGGAACAAAUGGUCUGGCGUUCAAGUAAUGGUAAUAGUAGUGGUAGUAAUAGUGGUAGGAAAAAAACUAUUUGGACGUCGUACGUGUGGCGCAGAGGUUCCGUGCCGCUUCGAUGGAAACAGGAGAUCAAACAAACCGUCGGCGACGCACAAAUCGAGGUGGAGACUAAAGACACGUAUAAGAAUGCCGAUCGAUAUUUUGCCCGACUGCGCGAAAGUUAUGGAGAGUGCAACCCGAUCGCGUGCGUGAACUUGUUGCGGAUUGCACCCGGGAAACCCGAGGCGGAGUUGUCCAGACAUUUCCACGAGUGCGUAGAAUUAUGUCGCAACAUUUUACCAAACGAUCCAAACUUGACGGUGACGAAUUUCGAUUGGCACACGAAUGUGAAAAGUAUGGGCGAUGCGAGUGCAGUCGAAGCGAUGUGGAAAGUACUUCGCGAUAAGAUUGGACAGCACGGUUACGGUUACGGGACGUUCGACGAAGCCACGGGGGAAAUGAUAACGCUCAGGAAACAAGCGGGCGUGUUGAGAUACAACUGCGCGGAUUCUUUAGAUCGAACGAACUUAGCCGGAUUUUUUGUUGCAGUUCAAUUGCUCGCGGAGCAAACAAAGCGUCUAGGAUUAGCGGACGUGCUCACCGACCCUGAGAGUAACUCGUUACAAUCGACGAAGCUCAUGGAGAAGGCGAAAGAGGAUCAAUUCUUGCGCUCGGCUGAUGAAGAUUUAAGCGCGCGAUUACCCGAGGGGUGGGAGUCACGUUUAGACACGACGACUGGAAGAACGUUUUACAUCGACCACAACAUGCGCUCAACGUCUUGGGCGUUACCGGACGAUUUCGUAAAAGUCGUCGACGAAGAGAGAAAAGAACGACAGACAAAACGCGAAGCUAUUCUUCAAAAACGCAAGGACGACGCCGUGAUACGCGAAAAGGAGAAAGAGGAAGCUGAACGAAAACUGUUCGAUAUGGAUAAGACUACAAACGUAUCUGAACAUUCGAUAUUUCCAUCCGAGCAAGACUCGUACGUUUGGCUCGAACGAACUGUGGACACUUUGCGAGUGAAUAUGUCUCGAGCGGCCUUAUCGGCGGCGUCGGAGGUAUACUUGCAAAACGGGGAUUUACACGCUUUGAUUUACACGUCGACGCGAGCGUCGCACACGGCGAUGAUGCAUUUGUUGGAUUCAACGACAAGUCACGAUUCAAACUCGCGGUUUAAGUCUUCGCAGUCAACGGCGUCGAACCUGAGUAUUAGCGUUCAGAGACGGUUCGUAAACUUAGUCUCGGACGGGUUCCGUCAGACGCAGUUUGAGUUGUUUUUAGGCCUUCGACGGAAAUAUUACUUUCCAAGCUUGGUGCAAGACCCGCUGGAAGAAAAGGGAAGAGUGGUGAAGUCACGAGCUUCGUUCGGUGCAUUAUUAGCGGCACCGAGAUGUGCCAUUAAUUUAGUACAGAACGGUGAAAUGCUCACCGAGGAAUCUUUUUUCCUCGGCGAAGAGUCUGGUUUAUCCGAAACUAGUGGUAGUAGCGCUUCUUCUUACGGCAACGAAAGUAAUGGUAACGACAAAGUCGCGAUCGGUCAGUUUUUUAAAUCGGUUUGGCCGUGUCCACGAAGCUCGCGUUCCGAAUCGCUCACGUAUGAAGUGCGAGAGUUUGGUGAUCAAGUCGAUAGCAGCGGUGGUGUCGAGAAUUGGUUGUUGCUAACCGACCCGAAAGGGGCGAACGAACGUUUCGCGCCAGGUCGCGUUCGCGUAACCUUUCUUUCUGCCAGUAGGAAGAAGAAAUUUUCUAUCGUACUCAAGCUUCCAAUAAUCCCAACGCAUGCGACGAUGGCAUUGCCUCUCGUAGAGUGCGCCGGGCCGUUCGACGCCGAAGAAGGCGUGUGGAAGUACAGCUAUAAGAGACUGGAUAGGAAUUUCGAAGACGUCGAGUUCUACGAGCAAGAAGGAGGUAUCGCCAGAGAACGUCAAAAUGAGAUUACUCCGAGCAGCGAAAGCGCCACAUCAAAGAUCAAAUUGACGUUUGAACCACGCACGGUGGGCACGUCACCGUCGGCGUUAGCGCUCACCAUGGCGCUCGGUCGCGUUGAAAUACUUGGUGGCGAUGAUGGCGCGUCAAUUUCAGACAAAGAUAUCGUUGGUACACUAAGCCCGGAAGAUGAGGCGUAUCUCGAGCAAAACUUUACUUUAGACGCCUACGAGCGCGUGGCAGUAGAGAUUGUCGAGCAUGCAAAUACCCAAGAUUUCGAAGACCGACUUAACGCGAACUUGAUGCUCGAGAUUUUGCGUUUACGUUUGCGUUUGACGUCAAAGUUUCGCGACGCAAAGUUUACAAACUUACGAAACGUCGAUCCCGAGAAACUCGACCCGACGACCAUGUUGCGGACGCGACGCGCCAGGCGAAUCUUGGAAAAUCUUCGAUUACAGAAAGAGAAUCCAGUGAAGCAUAGCGCCGUCGGCAACGCUACAAAUGCGUCUCAAAGCGUCGGCAAUGUAUCGUUAAAGACUUCUACUGCGGAUAAAACCAUGUCAGGCGCGACGUAUUUUCCGGAAGAGGCUCAAACGAUGUCUCGAUCGAAAACACCGAUACUCGGCGGCGCGUUGACUUCAUCCGCGAGUUUAACAUCCGUCGCUACCGCGGCGGCGAGUAAAUUUGCCGGAUUUGCGAACUCAAUCGCCAAUACGGCAGGUUCUAAGCUUAGCGGUAGUUUGAAAGAUUCUACCGCCGCCAUGGAGGGGUUAUCUAUCUCGAAUAAGAACGAAACUGGGAGAGGAGAUUCCAUCCACAGCGGCGGCGGUGGAGGCAGUCACUCCUCUCCGGAAAAGAUGGUCUCUCAUAAUAUCGUUCCUAUCUCACCGGUCUUGGUAGAAAAGAAGCGGUUGGACGACGAGAACGAACGGCGCGUGUUGACAAAGCUUUCCGUCCUUCGCGAUUUGGCGAUAUCUUUAGACGAAUCCGCGGAUGUUCUUUCGCACAGCGCUUCGUUCGGAAACGCAUCAGCGGCGAGAAUUUCGCAAGAGUUUGAUCAAUCUCCAUCCUCGCGCCUUGUGAACGACACAAAGAGCGACGACACGGCAGAAGCUAUCCUCGAAGAAUUGAAAUCGCGCUCGAGAGUGAAGAGAGAACGCGUGAAAGACGUCGCGGAAGAGACUCCCGACGACGCUCACUUUUUGACUCUUCGCGGACGCCACAUUUACUGUGCGGUUGCGUUCACCGCGACGAAAGGAUCGUCGAGGAAACUACUCAGCGUACCGGGUUCACCAUCGACUUCAUCACCAUCACCACCGACAUCAUCGCCAACGAUCGAAGUCGACGGGUUCAAAUUCAUGCCGCCUCCGAUCCCCGUCCUUUCCUCUAUUUCCUCCUCCUCUUCCUCUCUCUUCUGGUGCCUCCGCGUCUCCUCCUUCCGAAACGAAACCUUAGACGACGCCGAGCACAUUGGCGACUUCCGCAUCCCGCUUCUAAAAAACGCGCCGCGAACGCAACUCGCGUUCGAUUUCGACGGCGGCCGGAAAUCCGCGUUCGCGUUCGUCUUCGAGUUGGCGUGCGCGGACGCCGCCUCCUCCUCAGAAAGUCAAACGACCUACCACAGCUUACACUCGAGAGUGCAAAUGUUUCGGUACGUGCCCGCUGAAUGA